AUGCACUCACCGAGCCACCAGCGAGUCUCGCGCACAAGAGUGCUCCUGCGGAUACGGAUUUCCCUGUCGGCCGCCGCAAUCGUCCUGGGAGUUGCGGCGGUGCUCAAUCUGCAAGAUGCCGCUCCGAACCUUGCUCUGCUGCAGACUCUGGGUUCCUUCUUUGCAGUUCUGGCUCUGCUGGCGACUUUCCCAUGGUUUAGACGAGAGUUCAAAUGCUGCUGCAUGAGCUCUGGAAUCCUGGCCAAUGCUGGGGCCAUCUUGUCUCUUCUUGAUGGGCACGUGCUCAUUUCGUUGCUUUACUCCAUCGGCCUCAGCAACGGCAUCGUUGCACUGGCUGUGGGACUUCCAGUCUUCAUUGCUUUGGUGGCGGUGCUCAUAGAUGGCUUGGUCCGCCUUCCCGGCCAUGCGUGCUCCUUCCGCUCCAGCUGGGAGGUGGGAGCUGCUGCCUGGUUGGACCUGGACGCAAAGUCCCCGAUACCGGUUUGCUGCAUAUCGAUGUCCAUCCGCGCCUGCAUCAAGGCGACAUUACUGGCGGCUCUCGGUGGCUCCCUUGUCGCUGGGCUCUAUGCGGCGCUGCAUCCCAAGCUGGCCAAAGCGCUCUCGCCUACAUUGGGUCCCUUUCUGGCCUUCGCUCCGAUGCCGCCGCUGGCGAUCGGAGCUCUGCUGGCCUGGCCCAGGGGCCCGGCGGAGCUGAUGAACCUGUCUGCACGCGCGCGUUUGGCAAGAUGGACUCUUGUUGUUGCCGCCUUUGGGUCGCUCUUCAUCUUCGCCGCCUGGUCAGGCCGACUGCUGGAGGUGCAUGGGACCUGGACAAGCUGCAAGAACGUGGACGAUGAGUGCGUGGCCUUGGCCUCUCGUGGUGACUGCCGCCAGGAGAGCAAGCAGCCUGGAAGAAGUGUUGCGAGUCGGUCUCGGUCGCCGGUAAGCCUUCGGACGCUGUCGGUGCCUCUGCGAACAGAGAGCCUGAGGUACUUCGACUACAUGCUGCUUGCCUGCUUGUGGAGGUCUAAUGCUUUUUGCGUUUCGCUCCUUUCUGCAUCCGUGUCUGCACGUCUGCAGCGGAGGAUGGCCAAGUGCCGGAAGGCCUGUCGUGCCUGCACGGACGUGAACUGGGGCCUCGCCGGAGAUCUCAGCUUGGCCGUGCUGACAGUACUGGUACUGCAGACACUGCGCUUCGUGGGGGGCCUUAGACCACUUAGAGGGAUCCACUGUCCUUUUUGGUUCGUGGUGGUUGGGGUGGGCUUCCAGGCCUACUGCUUCUACGAGUCUGCGCGCCAGCUGCUCUUGGCAGACAGCCAUUUGAGCUUCGGCGCAGAAUGGACCUCCGAUCCACCAGAGUUGUCCUUCCACGAGCUCGCAGAGGGGCCUGGCCGGCGUGGCUCUGUGCAAUAUGCGAUCGACAGUCAGCUUGAGCUUGCAGAGCCGCUGUCAGCAGCCAGCCACACCACAUCUGAGCUGAAUCAGGCACAUGAAGAUGCUAUGCCCAUACGGGGUACUGCAGAGCCAGCAAGCGGCAAAAGUCUGGCCGGCUUAUUUGCAGCCCCCGCGACAGUCAAGUCUUUCAAAGAGGAGCUUGUUGAGGAAGGCGAGCGAGAGCCACUGCAAGCGCUGGGUGGGCAUAGCCCUGCCAGCGAGAUGGGGCCGAUCGAGCCCUCGUCUGGCCAAGAUGCACUGGAUGACUGGUACAGCGACCCCUGGGCAUCACCAGGCAUUGCCCGCAAGAGUUCCUCAAGCUCACGGCAGGGAGACAGGCGCGGGCCCAGGAAGACUUCCGGAGGGCUGCGUGGGCCGGAGGUCGAGACUUUCUGCUUGGAGCAGCUGGAUGAUGCACCCACAGAGGUGGCCGACGCCGCUCCGCUGGAGGAUGUUUCAGAUCCCGGCGGGGGACCCAGCGAGCCGCAGUGGCAAUAUGGAAGGUGUGUCGCGCUGAAGCUAGUGGCGCACAGCCCGCACGGCAACAGCGCAUUCGAGCAGCUCCUUCCGGUGCUUCUCACGGUGUUCCAGGUGAGCGAUGAUGAAAGGAAGAGCUCCUUUCUAGCGAGACGGAGGCAACAAGGAAGCUCGUGGUGGUCCCAGGUCCUGCGAUGCACAGCGGACAAACCGAGUUCGGAAGAGCGCGAUGCUCUGACAAGAUAG